AUGCCGUUUGGGUGUGUGACUCUGGGCGACAAGAAGAACUAUAACCAGCCAUCGGAGGUGACUGACAGAUAUGAUUUGGGACAGGUCAUCAAGACUGAGGAGUUCUGUGAGAUCUUCCGGGCCAAGGACAAGACGACAGGCAAGCUGCACACCUGCAAGAAGUUCCAGAAGCGGGAUGGCCGCAAGGUGCGGAAGGCAGCAAAGAACGAGAUAGGCAUCCUCAAGAUGGUGAAGCAUCCGAACAUCCUGCAAUUGGUGGAUGUGUUUGUGACUCGCAAGGAGUACUUUAUCUUCCUGGAGCUGGCCACGGGGAGGGAGGUGUUUGACUGGAUCCUGGACCAGGGCUACUACUCGGAGCGAGAUACAAGCAACGUGGUGCGGCAGGUCCUGGAGGCGGUGGCCUACCUGCACUCACUCAAGAUCGUGCACAGGAACCUCAAGCUGGAGAACCUGGUUUACUACAACAGACUGAAGAACUCAAAGAUUGUCAUCAGCGACUUUCACCUGGCCAAGCUAGAGAAUGGCCUCAUCAAGGAGCCCUGUGGAACCCCCGAAUACCUGGCCCCAGAGGUGGUAGGCCGGCAGCGGUAUGGACGCCCUGUGGACUGCUGGGCCAUUGGAGUCAUAAUGUACAUCCUGCUUUCAGGGAAUCCACCUUUCUAUGAGGAGGUAGAGGAAGAUGACUAUGAGAACCACGACAAGAAUCUCUUCCGCAAAAUCCUGGCUGGCGAUUAUGAGUUUGACUCUCCAUACUGGGAUGAUAUUUCACAGGCAGCCAAAGACCUGGUCACAAGGCUGAUGGAGGUGGAGCAAGACCAGCGGAUCACUGCAGAAGAGGCCAUCUCCCAUGAGUGGAUCUCUGGCAAUGCUGCUUCUGAUAAGAACAUUAAGGAUGGUGUCUGUGCCCAGAUUGAAAAGAACUUUGCCAGAGCUAAGUGGAAGAAAGCUGUCCGAGUGACCACCCUCAUGAAACGGCUCAGGGCCCCAGAGCAGUCCGGCACGGCUGCAGCCCAGUCUGCUCCAGGCACAGAUACUGCCACCCCUGGGGCUGCAGGCGGGGCCACAGCUGCAAGUGCAGCUGCCUCAGCCCUUGGGGGCAGUGCCACCCCAGCCACAGCAGGUGAUGCUACAAAGAGCGAGAACGUGGCCCCCGCCGACCGUAGUGCCACCCCAGCCACAGAUGGCAGUACCACCCCAGCCACUGAUGGGAGCGUCACCCCAGCCACUGAUGGGAGCAUCACCCCAGCCACCGAUGGGAGCGUCACCCCAGCCACCGACAGAAGUGUUACUCCAGCCACCGAUGGGAGAGCCACACCAGCCGUGGAAGAGAGCACCGUGCCCACCACCCAAAGUAGUGCCACACCGGCUGCCAAGGCUGUUGCCACCCCUGAGCCGGCUUUGGCCCAGCCGGACAGCACAGCCCCAGGGGGCGCAACAGGCCAGGCUCCACCCUCUAGUAAAGGGGAAGAGGCUGCUGGCUGUGCCCAGGAGUCUCGGAGGGUGGAGACCAGCUGA